UCUCGUCCCAGAAAACAUGAUGCCCGUUGCCCCUCAGUUACAGACAAGCACCAGUUCAAGGCCGAGCCACUGCUGUACCGCUUCCGUUACGACGAUGGGACGUACCACCCCCGCAGCGACAUGCAGGACGUCAUCUCCAAGGGCGUCAGGCUGUUCUGCCGGCUGCAUAGUUUAUUCACGCCGGUGAUCAGAGAUAAGGAUUACCACCUGAGGACGUACAAAUCAGUGGUAAUGGCGAACAAGCUGAUAGACUGGCUCAUUGCACAGGGAGACUGCAGGACCCGAGAGGAGGCCUUGAUCUUGGGGCUGGAGCUAUGUGACAAUGGAUUCAUGCACCACGUGCUGGAAAAGAGCGAGUUCAAGGACGAGCCCCUUCUGUUCCGGUUCUUUGCGGAUGAGGAGAUGGAAGGCUCCAACACCAAGCACAAGCCCAUGAAGCAUGACCUGAAGGUUGUGGAGAACGUCAUCGCCAAGUCCCUGCUG